ACAGAGAGAGAUUUGUUUAAGUUGAAGAGAUCUCAACUUUUCUGAUCGGAACCUCGUCGGAGUUGAAUCAAUAUCACCGGAAAGUAUGUCGACGGCGUUCAGUGGAGAUGAAACCGCGCCGUUCUUCGGCUUUCUCGGCGCCGCCGCUGCUCUCGUGUUUUCAUGUAUGGGAGCUGCCUAUGGCACUGCAAAGAGUGGUGUGGGAGUGGCCUCAAUGGGUGUGAUGAGACCAGAGCUGGUUAUGAAGUCAAUUGUGCCUGUUGUCAUGGCUGGUGUGUUGGGUAUUUAUGGUUUAAUUAUAGCUGUCAUUAUCAGUACUGGAAUUAAUCCGAAGGCAAAAUCCUACUAUCUAUUUGAUGGUUAUGCUCAUCUUUCAUCGGGCCUUGCGUGUGGGCUUGCUGGGCUCUCUGCUGGAAUGGCAAUUGGAAUUGUUGGUGAUGCUGGUGUCAGAGCUAAUGCACAACAGCCAAAGCUUUUCGUUGGGAUGAUUCUUAUCCUCAUCUUUGCUGAAGCUCUGGCUCUGUAUGGUCUCAUUGUUGGCAUUAUCUUGUCUUCCCGUGCUGGCCAAUCCAGAGCUGACUAAGAGUAGAGGUGGUCGUACAAAUUUUUUCUAAUGUCAGUAGUGCAGUCUUGAAAGUCUCAGAUAAAAGCAAAAGGAUUCUUGUUAUACGAACAUCGUUUGUAUGGUUGCAUAAUCUUCUGUAUGUUCAGAGGUCGUAGAAGUAGUUAUCAGCUUUUGCACAAUAAAAAAGCCAUGUUGCUUGUUUAUUUGCCCCUAUGUGCUUAUAUUUGUUACAUUCAUUGUUUAAAUUUUGUUGAAACAUUAAUCAGCAAUUAAGAAUGUGUUAAUGUUGGUAA